UGAACCAAAUAACCAGAAUACCUCACCCACACGCACCACCUUGCAACAACAAAACACCAGCACCACUGCAGCUACAGGCCCCUCACCCACAAGCACUCCAUCACAACCCCCAUCAAUAACAUUGAAAGAUUUAGGAAAAAACACCACCUCACAUCCAAGCACUGGAUCUCCCACCUCCAUGCACUCCAGCUCAACCUCAACCUCACCCACAUUCACCAGCACAUUAACCAAAACCACCAUGGGUCCCACACAAUGUCAGUUCAUCCUUAAUUGGAGUAAGAAUGAAGAGGAGGUCAUUGUGAAGAUUAAUAGCACCAGUAAAACAACGUACAGACUCAGGUUGAUGGAUAAUCAGAACAACACUGUGUUUGAUGCAAAUGGACAUCCUCCAUUCAAAAUACCAUUUAAAAGCUUAAAACCAUGUACUACUUACACGGUCACAGUUGAUGAAUGUCCGCUUCAACAAAACCUUAUUAACUUAAAUGUCAACAAAAGUACAAGCCACUCUGCAGAACUUGAGGGGGGAAAUAAAGUGUGCUUUAAAGAUAGCAAAUGGGAUCUGUCAGAAUGUUUUGCUAUAAAAGAGAACAGCUCCUGUGUUCAGAAGGACAUACACAUUAAAUUAGACACAUGCCACUAUACAAUGAAUGUUCACAUGCCCCCAGUCAAACCUCAAAUAACCUUCACUGAAACUAUCCCCAGUCAGUUUGAGUGGCCUAAUAAACCAAGAAACUGUCAGGAAAACAAAUUUAAGGUCCACUGCACUGGUAAUGGUAAGUAA